GUGUUGUAUUUCACGGGGAGUUCAGUAAUAAAACAGUGUGCACGUGGACGCACACAUCCUAAAAUAUGAAUCACAGCAACAGAUGUCUUCUGACUGGUUUCUCUGCUGCUGACUGUGUUGUUGUGUGAGAGUCAGGAGUCACCCAGCAGUGACUCACAGGUGUCUUAUAGGUCCUUUUUCCCAGAGCCUCCGCCCCCUCCUCCUCCGCGUGCGCCUUACCUGCUGCUCCGUCUGUCUGCGGCUGUCUGACUGCGCGAUGGCCCCGGACUCAUCUGUCACCGCGAACACUCCUCUUCAAAUGGAUUAUGAGAGGAAGAUUUUCCCUCAAACGGGCGGCUAUGGACGCUACAACCGACUCGUGGUCCUCUUCAGCUGGUUCCCAAACUUCGCGGUCAUGCUGAAUCUGUUCAGCGACGUUUUUUUCACUCUGAUCCCGGACUCGUAUCACUGCAAGCCCGACCCGCAGCUCCUGCCCUGCGCUUUCCUCCCCAGCAACUUCUCCAGACAGGGAUACCUCAACCUCACCAUCCCCUGGGUCAACGGCUCCGGGCUCAGCCACUGUGAGCUGUUCAAGUACCCAGCCAAUACCUCGGACUUUUCCGAAAAGGUGCCCAGACUCAGGGUGUCCUGCACCGCGGGGUGGGAGUACGCCCAUGUAGCGGGGCUCCACAGCAACUUUGUCACGGAGUGGAACCUGGUUUGCAGUAACUACUGGAAAAUCCCUCUGCAGCACAUCUGCUUCAUGACGGGAUGGAUUGUGGGAUACAUCCUCCUCGGUACAUUGUGCGACUGGAUUGGUCGGCGGCGAUGCUUCCUCCUCUCCAUCAGUCUGUCCAGUCUGUUGGGGGUCUCCGUGUGUUUGUCCAACAGCGCCGUGAUGUUUCUGCUGCUGCGUCUCUCUCAGGGCGUCAUGCUCGCUGGGGUGCUCGUAUCCUCGUACAUCGCCAGGUUGGAGCUGUGUGACCCUCCCCAUCGUCUCAUGGUUGCCAUGGUAAGCGGCUUCUUCGCGGUGUUCGCAGAGCUGCUGCUGCCGGGCGUCGCCGUUCUGUGCCGUGAUUGGCCCGUUCUCCAGGCUGCGGCCACUCUGCCUCUGCUCCUGCUGCUUUCCUAUUGGUGCUGUGCGUCAGUGUUUCCUGAAUCUCCUCGCUGGCUGCUGGCCACAGGUCAGAUUCUUCAGGUGAAGAGGAGCCUCCAGGAAUUCUCCACCAGGAACGGUGUUUGCCUGCAAGAUGAAAUGUACCCUGGUGAAACCCUGCUGUCAGAGAUAGAUUCAGCAUACGGAGAAGACUGUCAGCCGAAGUACUUUUCAGUUCUGGAGCUGCGUCAGACUCGUGUGAUCUGGAAGAACUGUCUCAUCCUCAGCUUCACACUGUUCAUUGGAACAGGCAUCCAGUACUGUUUCACCAGAAACCUGCACAGUUAUUCCUCCAACUUCUACUUCAGCUACUUCCUCCGGGUGAUAACCGGAGCUCUGGCCUGCAUCUUCAUCUGCCUGUCUGUCAAUCACUUCGGUCGGCGUGGCAUGCUUCUGCUCUCCGCCAUCAUCACGGGACUGUCAUCACUGCUGCUGCUGGCCCUCACUCAGUAUCUGCGUGGAGGCCUGGUGUUGGUGCUCUCUGUGGUGGGGCUGCUCUUCUCUCAGGCUCUCGCCAUGCUCAGUGUGCUCUUUGCCUGUGAGGUGAUGCCAACCGUGGUUCGCGGUGGCUGUCUCGGCCUGGUGCUGGCAGCCGGUUGCGUCGGCAUGGCCGCCUCCUCCCUGAUGGAGCUCCAGAAUAACGGCGGCUACUUUCUCCACCACGUCAUCUUCGCCUCCUUCGCCGUCCUCUCUGUUCUCAGCAUAAUGCUCCUACCUGAGAGCAAACGCAAGCCUCUCCCCGACUCCCUGAAGGAGGGCGAGUGCCAGCGGCGGCCUCCUCUCUUCCUGGCUCGGCCCGACAGAGACAACCUGCCGCUGCUGUGCGCCCGGCCCACUCUGUCAGAAUACAACCCCGAUAACUACUCCCGCUUGGUCUCUGCCACCAGGAGGAUGUUGACUAAAGAUACUUUGCCUUACAGGAUCGCUGUGCCAUCUCACCCUCCUCUGCUGUCAGACAGUGAAACACAGGGAGAAGAGGAUGAGACGCUGAAGGAGACAUCUUAACUCAUCCUCCCUUGUACAGACUACACAUACCUCCACAGACUUUCUACCAUCGUCUUUCAUUUAAUUAUUGUCUAAGUCACUGGUUGGUCAUCUGAAGAACUGACCUCGGCUUGGAUGAAGUGCACUUUAGAGCGAUGGCUCCAAAUCUGUCAGUUUUCAGUGUCUUUUUGUUACAUUUUACUCUUGAAAUCGUUGCUGUGAUGUUGAAUGUUCUCACGUCAAUUCAGGUAAUGAACUGGAGAAUAGUGGCCUUCUUUAGCUAAUGUUUGUUUGUCUUCCAAGCUUUUUUUUUUUUUUUUGAGAGCUACAAAAUUCUUCCAUUUGAAGUGUAACAUUACAUGCCAUGCUUGUUUCUUGUGUGGUAAAUGGUCACACUCGUCCUCACUCUGGCCAGUGCAGCUGAGGUCACGCUGCUCGUCUGUGUGGAGACAUUCAAACCAUUGAUCAUGUGAGCAGCAGCCCUUUGUCCAUUUAUUAGUAACUCAGGCACUUUUCAUUAAGUCCGUCCAUCUGAUUCACCAGCAUCGUCUCAGUGCGGAGAGGAUCCCGAGGACACACGAGACCAGUUCACACGGUCUCUGUGGAGUCUUGUUAUUCUUGUGAUGCACACAAGAGGGCGCCAAAUGAUGCACUGAGGGAGUCAAAGGAUAUUCCUCGUAUUCAUGCACAUGCUAUCCAGUGAAUUCUGCCACUCUAUAAACCACUUUUUUUUACUAUAAACUAUUAUUUAAAGGUGCUAUUUUUACUUUGUAUUUCUCUUCAAAUACUGAAAGUAGCAAAUGUACUAACCACUGCAGCUGGCAGUCAAAAAGUUAAUAUCUGUCUUGAAUUUGUGUUUUUAAAAAGUGUUUAAAAUGAGAUAGCUAUGGUUUCAGUGCUUCAGAAUUGAACAAAAUCAACAUUAACAGAAGGGCAUUAUAUUUUCACAAUGACUGCCUGAUACUUUUACAUGUUUUUUUCUUUAUUUAAUAUAAAGAUAAAAAAGUGAGGAUAUUCGACCUGUUUACAAUAACAUCUUGUAAAGUGAUUUUUUUUUUCAACACUGUGACUCAGAGAGUGUUGUUGUAAUGAGAAAAACACUUGAUUCGCCCUCAGGAGAUCUCAUUGUGUCAUAGUUUACUACAUGUACAUUUACUGUCAUUUUACCUUCAUUGGACAAAAAUAUGCUUUUGUUCUGAUUGAAAGUAAAUCACUUGGUCAGAGAAACAAAUGUUACUAUUAUUUAUGUUGAAACUCUCUUUUUAUAUACUGUUUGUUUUCCUGUUAAUGUCCUUGCUGAGUGGAAACCUUAGAAACAGAAGUACUGCCUCGUUUUUAUCUAAACCAUCAUGCCAGGAAGUCUCACAACUACGUCAAGUCAAAUGUUCCUACCUACCUAAUGUGUAAAUUCAAUUCAAAACAUGCAAAUAACCAAAAUCUCAAGAAGCCAGAGAUGUUUUGCAUGGCUUUAGGUGUUCCCCUCUCAGACCACUAGAUGGAGCUGUGGACAUUCACUGUACUGCUUCCCAGGGAAAUGACAUCAUACUGAUGUUGAGAAAUAUCUUUUUUAGUGUGAGUGUGUGUUUUCAGUUUACCUUGGUGUGACUUUGUUUAUUUUUCACUGUCUUCACUAACAUUUGCCCACAGCAGCAGCCUCUUUCUGACAGUGUUAUGGUGGGAUGAAACAGCCAGAUGAGUUCAAUAAACUCAACCUGGACUGACA